AUGGAUUCCAUAUCUUCACAACAGAAGCAAGGGAUAGAAGCAUUGAUUCCCCUCCGGGAUAGGCCAUAUGGGGUGGAGAUCCAAAAGGAAAGGAGGCGGACCAUGAAGGUAGAGAUGGUAGGGGUAAAAAGGGAACUCCAAAUGUGCCGGAAGAUAGGGUUAGGGGAACGAGGGGUACGGAUGGCUUGCCAGGCACUUUUAAAGGAGAAAGAGCCUGGGAGGAGAGGAGGGGCGGUGGGUGGGGAAGACGAUAAUAGAGUCAAUCACGUGGGAAGGGAGAAGGGUCUGAAGGAGAGGGAUGUUCCACCCAGUUCCGUUCCAAACCUCACGGACAAGGAGAUUAGAGCGGAUAUGGGUGGCUCGAGAGGAUAG